UAUAAGUUUCCAGUUAUAGUUAUAAAGUUCCCUCUUGUAAAACCAAAAGCAGUAAUGAUGUCAGAAUUCUAAUCAAACAUUCUAGUAAAAAUGUGUAUUAUCCCUAUCUUGCAAAGUUCUUUGAACCGAAUUGAAAACAUGUACGUCAUCAUGCCAUCUGGCCCCCCUCUCGAUUUGUUAAUUUAGAUUAAUUUGCAGCAUACAACAAAUCGAGCAUGUACUUUCCCUGUUUAUGUACUUCCCACUACACGCGCCAAGAUGACGCUUUGCUUGCGUUGGGUAAUUCCAAUCUCGUGGCACACAGUGUAGAUGAUUGCAGUGAGAGGUUGAACGCCGAGAUAUAAAGAAGCACAAACUGCAAUUACUGACGUUUUGCCUUACCAUGCAGAUUUUUCAAUGGAUAUCCACACUAAUAGUUGUUUACGUGUGCAUUGGUUCUGGAUAUGCACAAACUUAUGAUUGUGAAUCAGACAGAUUUCGAUGCUACAAUGGAGACUGUAUAGCUGGUGACUUAUUGUGCGACGGCACACCACACUGCAGGGAUUCGUCUGACGAGACAGAGGCCGAGUGUACAAAACCAGAGAUUCUGUGUCAUAGGUAUGCCUUUCGUUGCAACUAUGGUGCUUGUGUAAAUGGAGAUUCCGUAUGUAAUGGCGUCCAAGAUUGCAUUGAUAACAGCGACGAAACGCAGCCUCAGUGCGUAAAAAACACAACAAACAAUCAAACAGAAAGACCUACAAGCAGACCUAAUAGAUGUACCACAAAUCAAAUUACAUGCGAUAAUGGCGAGUGUAUUCAUAAGGACAAUAUGUGUAAUGGAAUUCGAGAUUGUGCGGAUGGCUCUGACGAAACUUCUGAAAAAUGCAGAUCAAUAUAUUGUCCUCCGACAGCUUUCCGUUGUUCUUACGGAGCUUGUAUCAAUGGUGAUCUACGAUGUAACGGAGUAGUUGAAUGCGUCGAUGGAUCAGACGAGGAUUCGAGAUGCAGCGAAACUGGGUGGCCAUCACCUUUACCGACGAUACGACCAACAACGGAAACAACACGAUGGCCUGUACCGACUCCAACACCAACACGUGGCACAAACACUUGUAGAGCACCUCCGCAACCGCAGAACGGUCGUUGGAAAUUACAUCAAUUACAUUGCUCAGAUAGACAGGAAUGUAACGUUUUAGAAGGAACAGAACUGGGAUUAGGAUUUCGCCUUAUCUACUCUUGCAAUUCGGGAUAUAAAUUAAUAGGUCAGGCUGACGUGAGCUGCUUCUUGGAGGGAAAAUGGCUUGAUAUACCAGUUUGCACAGAAAUACGCUGCAAAGGUUUGACUACAGCAUCAAUCAGAGCUACCUGUACAUACAAUAAUAAAUGGAUACCUUGUGAAUCUCCAGUUCCACCAAGUACAAAAGCGGUAUUGGAAUGUCAAACUAUCAGUUAUCAACCUGAAACUAAUCUACUAACCGGACAAAGAAGGGAUGUGAGCUGUAAUGAAAAUGGUCAGUGGGAACCAGAACCUAUGCGAUGCAUUGCAGUAUGCGGCACUCUUCCUCCCCUCCUUAAACCGACCAUUGUAGGCGGUGUACUGCCGAGUAUCACGGAAUUUCCGUGGCACGCUACGAUGUAUCGCGAUGUACCAGGAAACGAGUCAAAGAAAUUCUUCUGUGGAGCGACCAUUAUUCAAGAAGAACUCUUGAUAACGGCAGCUCAUUGUGUAUAUGAUGAGAACAAUAAGCAACCGAUUAAUGCCAGAUCAAUUUAUAUAUUAACAGGAAAUAUCUUUCGUGAUUACGAUUAUCCUCAUAAUUCAAUCGUUCAAAAGAAUCAGGUAAAACAGAUUUACAUCGUGCGUAAUUAUCAAGGACUUACAGGAAAUUACUUAUGGGAUAUCGCAAUAUUAGAACUCGUUAAACCAUUUGUAUUGUCAACUUGGUUGGUUCCUGUAUGUAUAGAUACUAUAAACGAUAGAAGUUUACCGGAAGUAGGCUCUUCUGGAAAGGUAGCAGGAUUUGGUAGAACCGCAUCCGGUGAAUCUAGCGCAGUUUUACAGGCUCUAACAGUACCUGUAAUUCCGUUCAGCCAAUGCAUAUCCGCUAGCCAAAAUGCUAAUACACAACAAUUUAUCAAUGAUAAGUUUUGCGCAGGUCACACAAAUGGUUCUUCUGUCUGCGAUGGUGACAGUGGCGGCGGAUUAGUCUUUCAAACUAAUAAUUUGUGGUAUCUUCGAGGUAUUGUUAGUGUUUCCCUCGGCACGAUACAAAAGGAUGGAAUUGCUUAUUGUGACAAUAAUUUGUAUUCCUUAUAUACAACACUAUCCAGGCACAUUUCAUGGAUACAAGAUGUAAUUACAAAAAUAGAUCGAAAUCAGACACAUACAUUAUGUUCAGAUGAAUCUCAAACGAGAUGUUCCUAAAUUUAUUAAUGGUACCAUUAAUUAUUAUAUACAAUUAUCGAAAAAAGCAUUUGUCUUGUGCCAUGUAAGUCUAAACUAUUGAUAAAUCAUCUACAUUUUUUGUCAAAUGCAUAAUUAUGUGAAGAAAGUUGCAACUCUAUUGA